UAAUAACAAAGCCAUUUCAAUAUUGUCAAUUACACUUAGUACACAAAAUUUUAACUAAAAUGACAGGGCUGUAAAAAUUGCUUAUUGCUAAUAACAAAAUUUCAUGAGAAAUGGCGCCAAAGAAGAAGGGCAAACUCAUCGAUUGGGCGGACGAUGACCACUUCUCGAAGGAUCGCAGCAUAUUCCACAUAGAGCACACCACCGAGUGCCCCAUCUUCCAGGUGAAGGCCGACGAGUGCCUCACCUUUUUUCAGCAGCGCAUUCCCGAGCGUGAGUUCCAGCUGAUCCGGAACAAGAAUGGCAAGCAGGUGCCCCGCGAGGGCGCGUUCGAGGUGAGAGUCAGCCAAAAUGCUCGCACCUCCGAGCACCUGCUGUGGUCCGGCCUAAACCGGGGACCGCCGCGACGCGACAAGUUUCCGCGCUACGAGACUCUCGUAUCGGAUGUGCAUCGCGUGCUAAAGAAGUUCUAUGCGGACAAGGUGGUGGACCUCGACGAGGAAGAGGAAGACAUGUAGCUGCCUGCCCGGAAGUCGAAGGAUCCGCUACACGAGCUCAACAAUGGCGGGCCAUUGAAUGUGGCAUGCAUUUAUGAUAUUUCGUUUCGCAUAUUAACAUAACAAAGCAGCCAAAAAAUACA